AUGGCGCCAUCUGUUGAACACUUCAAAUUCCGGAUUCUUAUAGUGGGCGCCGGACCCGUCGGUUUGACCGCGGCUGCAGCACUCAGUCAAGAUGGGCACUCUGUAACUGUCCUCGAAAAACAUCCUGACCUCCAGGCCCAAGGUGGUACACUUACCGUCCAACCAGCCGCCGCACGAACGUACACGCACAUCGGGCUCGGCGCAGCUCUGGAAGCUAUCAGCAUCACUGGCCAUGGCCUCCAUUUUUGGUCGUAUAAGGACUCCUCUGGGCCUAUAGGUGUUGUGUCUUACGGGAACAUGAAAGCGUUUAUGAAUGAGAGGCCAGCUGUGCAACGGAUGGCAUACGAUGCGUCGAUCGCAGCUGGAGUGACUGUUUCGUUCGAUUGUCAUGUCAUUGGGCUAGGCCAGAACGCGUUGCCCGUCAGAUUGUGGACGGCAGAUGGCCGAGAAUACACCGCCGACCUCAUAAUUGCAGCGGAUGGAAUCAAGUCCAAGAUUCAGCGAAUGAUAUACCCGGAUAGAGAUGUCGGGCCAGUUCCUACUCGCGAGUUCAUAUUUCAAUCCCAGGUACCUCAUGAUAUCCUCAUAUCGGACGAUCGCGUGGCUCCCUACCUCGCACCAAAUACGCCCACGGCACACUGGGUCCCAGCAAGUUCUCCAUUUGUCGAGCGACAGCGGAAGGCAGCUUCGCAAUGA